CUGCGAUCAGUGUUGAGGUUAGUGUUGCUUUUAAUUAAAGCGCAACACCUUUUGAUUUUAUUUGAUGUUAAAUCGAUAACUUAAUUUUUUUUUAAAACAAAACUUCGAUUUUAAAUUAAUUCGAAAAUCAAGUAAAAUCUAUCAAAAAUAUGGAAACCGAUCUUAACAAUAAUAACAUUACAGUUAAUUCAGCGAAUAACAAAUCUUUAAAAAUAAAUAAGGUUCAAUUGCCUAAAAAAGUUGGAGUUAGCGGAGAAUUAAAAUCAGGACGAGAAGCUGUUGUUGGAUUACCUAACGAAAUUGCUUUAGUUAAACUUAUGGAUCAAAGUGGAUAUCCUAUAACACAAAACAACGGCCAAAGAAGAUAUGGUCCUCAUCCGUCUUAUAAAGGUACUCCACCCCCUAGGGGCUGUGAAGUUUUUGUUGGUAAGCUCCCUCGGGACUGCUAUGAAGAUGAGCUUGUUCCAGUAUUUGAGAAAGUUGGAACAAUUUAUGAGCUUCGUUUAAUGAUGGACUAUAAUGGACAAAACAGAGGUUAUGGAUUUGUUAUUUACCUCUCUUCACGUGAUGCACAGAGAGCUGUUCGUACACUUAACAACUAUGAAAUCAGGAAAAGCAGAUUAAUAGGAGUGUGUCAUAGUGUUGAUAACUGCCGGUUGUUUAUUGGUGGUAUACCAAAAAAAGUAAAAAAGGAUGAAAUAUUGGAAGAAAUUUCUAAAGUUACUGAUAGUGUUGUUAAUGUCAUUGUUUAUCCUAGUGCUACUGAUAAAUCUAAAAAUCGAGGUUUUGCAUUUGUGGAGUAUAACUGUCAUCGAUCUGCAGCAAUGGCUAGAAGAAAACUAAUGAAUGGAAAAAUACAGCUUUGGGGACAUCCUAUAGCAGUUGAUUGGGCUGAACCAGAACAAGAUAUUGAUGAAGACAUAAUGGAUCAGGUAAAAGUUUUAUAUAUCCGGAACUUACAGCUAAAUACAACUGAAGAAACUAUUGAAAAUCUUUUUAAAAAAUUUGCAGAAGUUGAAAGAGUAAAAAAAAUUAAAGAUUACUGUUUUGUACAUUUUGUUACUAGAGAAGGUGCAAGAUUAGCUUUAGAGAGUGUAAAAGAGGGUGAAUCAAUUGAUGGAGCCAAGAUUGAAGUAACACUAGCAAAACCUGUUGAUAAGGAGCAUUACAGGCAACAAAAAGCAGUAGCUAAGUUAAUGCAAAUGGCUAACCAGUACCAACAUAUUCCAAGCUUUCCACAUGAUUUUUUUCCUUUUAAUAACCAAAUGCAUGGUGGGCUUAUGUAUCCUCCCCCUUUUUUACCGAGCAGUCAAGUAGGUGUUAGACCAUUAGCAAGAGGUCGUGGUAGAACUGCUGCAGGAUCUCGUUCUGCUGGUGGUAGAGCUUACAUUUUAAAUGGGUUUCUUCCCCAACUACAUCCGUUGCUUCAAGCUGGGUCAGACCACCUCUAUGAUAUUUUACCCGGAAUGAAUCUCUCUCCUACAAAUCCUGUUACAUUAAAGCCUCAGUCUAGGCGUACUCCUAUGCAGGUUUUAGAGGAAAUGUGCAUUAAAAAUAAUUGGGGAACGCCUAUUUAUACUCUUCACUCUACUGUAAAUAAUGAUCGACAACUAUUUUUAUACAAGAUAACCAUUCCACCAUUGGGCAACACAUAUCAACCACAGAAGUUGUGCUGUACUAUUGAGGAAGCGAAAGUUUACGCUGCUGAAUAUACUCUUUCACAAAUCACAAACGAAACGUCUCCUCAAGUUUCUCCGGUUUCUCCAUUCCCAUUACGUCUUCCUACACCUGCUUAUGUUCCAAUCACCACUCGCUCCGUUGUUGCAUCUGGUGUUGUUACAAAGGUUACAUGGCCUAAUGGUGUCCCGCACCCUCCAGCUCCAUACUAUGAUUACUCCGAUCAUCAACAUCAGUCACAGCAAGUUUACUUUCAACAAUAAAUCUACGCAUUUCUAAAUGGUUGUGAUUUUAUUAUCUGCAAGUUCCAAUUUGAACAUAGAAUACAGCUUACUCCAACAGACGCUUUUGUACAGAUUCUUAAUUUCAGAUUUCACUUGUCUAAACUAUCAUAUUUUUAUUCGACAAGAUUUUUCAACGAAAAUUUUUUUUUCGUUUAUAGAUUUGCAAAACUUGAAAAGCAAGGUCUGCUUUUUAUCAGUCAUCUUUUUAAAAAUAACUAUACAAAAAAAAAAAAUACAAAAUAGUUCAAGUUUUUCGUCGUGAAAGUUUUUGUUUUUGAUUUACAUUCAUUUUUCACAUAGUGAACCAAUUUUUUUUGUUCCGUUGGUUUUAUAUAUUUUUACCGAAAUGGUUUAAUUAUUUUUUUUCUGUUCUGUUUGUUGUUUUCUCAUAAGUUUUAUUUUUUAAUGUUUCUUUUUAAACUAAUUUAAAAAUUUUUAAAUUUAAUAUGCAUAAUGCAAAUCUCUAAAUAUUCUUAGUUUUCGUUGUCACUGAAAACCAAUAUUUGGUAUUUUAUUUGUGAGUUUGUACGUCCAUAGUUGUAUAGAUAUAUUGAUAUUUGAGUAUAUAUUUGAAUUGUUAAUUAUUUCCAAGCAUGGUUUUGACGCAACGUCAUUUACACCAUUGUAAUUAGCGUUUAAUUGUCAGCUGAUUUCAAAGACAUGUAAAGCGCAAAAUAUUUAUGCUAUAGGCCUGUUUAUGAAAUAAACGAAAUAUAUACGAAUUGUUAAAA